GUGUCCAUCCCAGCUGAGAGAAUCAAAUGCCCAGAUUUGGGGAAGAAUCUGAUGGCGGAAACACCCUUCGUAUGCCCGCUCGAUGUUGCGUCUUCCACAAACCCUAACUUGUGAUUCAUCCGGAGCGGUGGAUUUCGCUGGAAGGAGACGCGGCGGAGAGGAGUCUGGAGAGGAGCUAGGGGUUUCGAGCUCAGCGGCGGCGCGCUCUUCCAUUCCUUCGCCGUCGUUGUAGGAUGCUUGGAGAGUAUCCAUUUUUCGCUGUUUGUUCGACGGCGAUUUUGCGCGGGAGGUGAGAGCAAACAAUUCCGAACUCCGAAGACUACCAACUAACUGGAUUUUGUUCUGAAUGGGCCAUAUGUUGUUGGGCUCCCGGAUUGCGUUAAGGCCCAUUCAUCUGCUUGAAUAGAAAAAGAAAAGGUAAAUUGGAAGUUUGAUCACGGGAAUUGCUAAAAAUUUCACGUUUGCCAUUAAAAUUAGUUUAUUUCACUUAUAGUCACUAAAAUUAGUUCAACAGUUAAAGUUUAGUCACUCUCCGUUAGUAUCUGUUAACUUUUGCUAAUGUGGCAGUCAACUCAAAAAGUUAACCGUUAAAUAAAUGACAUGGCAAUUAAAAAUAAUUAAAUUUAAUCUUUUACAAUUUCCACUUCACUAUAAAAAUAAAUAAAAUAAAACUAAAAAAUAAUUAUAAUUAUCAUCCUCGGCUGCCAGCUCCACAUCUUCGCUUCUUCUCCUGUCCCAAGCAAUCUCUGAGUCAUCGAUCGACAUCCAAAGCAAAAAAAAAAAAAUUUAACUGUUACAAAAAAAAUGCAAGGGCAAGAACUCCAUCGCCGAUAACCAUACAAGUUCCAAUCAAAGCUAGGCCGAGCAGAGCUUUCUGCAGAAGCUUACUCUUCUCCAGAGCAGAUUUCUAGCUGGACGCCUGGACCUAGUUCGAUUCCGGAGAUUUGCAGCGGACCCAUCUUUCUUAUACUCGGAGAGCUCCUUAUCUGCGAGCUGGAAAUUGGGGAAAACAGCAAGAUGGGCAUGGCGGCAGAGCAGAGAAUACAGAGCAAUAGUGACACCUUCACCAUUAUCAUCAGCUCUAAGCACAAUGAAGUGUUGAGAAACCGGGCAGCAAUCACAAGCAAGAAUAGAAUGCACAAGACACACGAUUUUUACGUGGAAAACCCAAAUCGGGAAAAACCACGGGACCUUUGUCCAAGCCACAACUCCACUAGACUUUGAUGGGAUUACAAGUCCUCUCUAGACUAGCUAGAGGAUUACAAGCACCUCAAGAACACCCUUCUUGGAUCAACAAUCAACCACAAUAGCUCUCACCAACAUGGUGGAUAACAAGAACAAGAGCAAGAUAAAGAAAGGUUGAGAGAUACCCAAAAACAGAUUCGUACACCUUCUGUCCAGUAGCGAUUCCCGACGAACUAGACCUCAGAAUGACGAUCCCUUCGGUCAGAAUGAAGCCCAGACAAUUUCAAACCCACCACCCAAAUUUCAGGAUGAUCCAACGGUUCAAUCUUCAAGAACGCUCACUUGAACAGGCUGUCCUGCUGCAGAAACGAAAAACUGUAGCUCUUUCUCUCUUCUCUCUUUUUCCUUAUCUCUUCUCUUUUCUUGAUUCUCUCUCUGGAAAAAAUGAAAGGCUGAACUCUCUUUUCCCUUUUUGACCAGAUAAUAACUCUCUAUUUUGAAAAGAAAGGAUCUUCUAGAAACCAACCAAAACUCAAACUCAAACCGGUUAAUCCAACUACCAUAUGAGUUGGACCAACCCAACAAAUUUCCCCCUCCAGCUCAUAUGGGGGGUAGCACCAAACCUACUUCAUCUCGACAGAAGAUAUGUUUCCCACUUGGUAGAGACUUAGUCAUCAUGUCCGAACCAUUGUCAUCCGUAUGCAGGGGCGGACCCAGGGAGGAUUGGGGGUGUCCCCGGACACCCCCAAAAUCUCGGAGAAAAAUUAUCGAACCCCCGGUAGUAGUUUGAGCCUAGGAAAAAAAAGGAAAAAAAAAUAGUUGUUAAUGGGAUUUGAACCUAGGACAACCUAGUUAUUAGCUAACAUGUUUUCCACCACACUACAACUCAUAUCUUGUUGUAAAUUUAAGAUACGGAUAGUUAUAAACAUAUUAAUUUUAUCCACAAUUUAACACCAAAACCCUAAAACUAAACACAACUCACAUUCAAAGAUCGCAAAACAAAAAAAACUGCGGGCUGCGGCUGCUCAUCCUCGCCCUCCUUCACCGGCCAGCGACCUCACCCUCUUCCGCCGGCCUCACCCUCCUCCGCCGGCCUCACUCUCCUCCGCCGGCCUCGCCGGCUCGCCCUCAUCCGCCGGCCUCCUCAACCUCCUCAGCUCCUCUGUUCUUCAACCGUCAAUAUUGGGGUACAACAGCGGACAGCCGAACAGCGUAAUCCGCUUCUCAAUCCCUUUCAACCUCUCCCCAAAUCUCCUGAACACCGCCAACGGUUCGUCAUCGGAAGUCCACUCAUCGCUCUCCCCAGGUAAAUUGAAGAACAGCAAGUCCCAAAUCUCCUGAACACCGCCAGCGGUUUGUCUACUCCCUCUGCCCCAGGUAAAUCCGCCAUUUCAAUUGUCAGUUUCACAUGUAAACAUGUAAACAGUAGUUUUAUAGUGGGGAAGCAUAACUUGCACCGGCAUUUCAAUUGAUGAUUCAUGGAUUGACAAAGACAGUAGCAAUACAAGUAUACAAAGAUU